AUGGCUACACAAACCGUUGAAGAUAGUUCUAAACCUAGGCCAAAACGAACUGGUGCAGGUAGUUUACUGAAACCCUUGAAUUCGGAAUAUGGGAAAGUCGCCCCGGGUUGGGGGACUACUCCUUUUAUGGGGGUCGCAAUGGCUUUAUUCGCUAUAUUCCUAUCUAUCAUUUUAGAAAUUUAUAAUUCUUCCAUUUUACUGGAUGGAAUUUUAACCAAUUAG